AUCUCAAAACAAAAAUCUUUUUUUACUGGUAAUGGUCCUAAUGUUCUUAUCUUAGUUGCAAAUAAAAUGCAAGCAUUAAAAAUACAAGAAGAAGUUCAAAGAUUUUCCUAUUUCGGCAUUAAGGCGGUUUCUGUAUUCUUAGGCUGUAAUAAAACUCAACAAAUAAAAGCAUUAAGAAAAAAUGUAGAAAUAUUAAUAGCUACAUCACAGAGAUUAAAUGUUCUGGUGAAUAUGAAUGUUGUAAAAUUAAAAUAUGUAACGUAUGUUGUAUUGAACGAGAUUGGUCAUAUGUUGGACAUGAAACUUGCAUUUCACAUCAGAAAAAGUUUAUCUUAUGUAAGGAUGGAUAGCCAAUUUGUUAUGAUCAGUAGCGCUAAUUUGUCAACAAGUAUUAGGCGUUUCGCAAAAAUAUAUAUGAAAAACCCAAUUGAACUCCAUGUUCAAUCUGUUCAAUCUGUUCCACAUAAUAUACGCCAUGAAGUACAAUAUAUUUCCCGCGAAGCAAACAAAUUUCAUAGAUUGCUUCAAUUCAUACAAAAAAUGAAUCUGAAGGAAAAAAUGAUGGUAUUUACUAAUGAGAUAUCUCGAAUAGAUGAAUUGGAAUGUAAUCUUAUUCGAGCAGAUAUAAAUCGUAAAAGUAUUCUUAGUUUAAAAGAUAUAAGCGAUAGAAGAAUCGCAAAGCUUAAAAUAGAAGAAACAACAGCAAGAAUCAUUAUUACAACUGAUCUUUUAUUCACAGAAUUUGAUAUUAAUGAUAUAGUGUACGUCUACAAUUAUGAUCUUACAUUUAAAUUUAAAAAGUAUAAUCGUCGAAUUAGAUGGGCAAUAUGUGAUGAUAAAACUGGAGUCAGCGUAAUACUUAUGACAAAGAAAAAUAGGAAUGAUGCCAGACGUUUAAUUACAUUACUAACAAGUUCUGAUCAAGAAGUGCCAGAAAAAUUAUAUGCUAUAGCGAAGAUGUACAAAAUUCGGAAAGAAAAACAGACGAAAAUGCAAAAUAGAACGAUAAAACUAAACUGUAAAUAAAACUAGAUGCAUCAUGAAUGGAAUUAGAAAAGAUUUUACCGGAAUAACCUAAUUACUAAUCGAUAAGAACUUUGGUUGUUACUAUGUUUUAAUUAUUUGUGUAAUUUUGGAUUUUACAUAAGCUAUGUAUUUUAGAUGAAGAAUUAAAUAAUUGUGUGCAUAUAUAAA